UUUGCAACUGGCAAUUUAGGAACCGGUACCGGUACGUGCAGAUUGGGAUUCCAAUUCUUGACAAUUUUUGAACAUUUUUCGUGAAGGCGAAUUAGUUAACAAAUAAAAAUGAGCGGCUUGGUAAGGACAGCUCAUAAGGUACUACAGACUUGUGUAAAAAAUACGAGUCUCGCUGCGGGUAUAGUGUCUCGCACACAAGUUCCUGUAAAACGUGACUUCACAAGGGGAAUAUGGCAUAUGAGCUGCUCCAAGAGGAUGGAUAGCACUUCAUCUUCAUCAAGUCUGCUUCACAACCAUUCCAACACCUGCAGCUGCGGCUGUGGAUUAAAAGCUCUACACACUAAAGGCGAACGAGAGCUAGUAGAGUUUCUAACUGAAGAGAUAGUGGCGGAGCGUAAAGCGCAGAAGGUAAAGACCUUACCAACUGAAGUUGAUGGAUUUGCAGUGAAAGGAGACGGUGCUGAAGUUACCUUGACUAAGCAGUUGAAGGAUGAAAUUGUAAGAAUAACAUUCAAUGUGAAUCAUACAGUCGACACAGAAGAUUUUGCAGAAGACACGCAACCAGAAAAACAGGAGUUUUCAGAAAUGCAUUCCAAACCUCAGUUUGAAGUUGAUCUGGUUCGUGGUGACACGACACUUGGAUUUACUUGCUCCUUCUUACAAGAUCCACCAUCAACCAAUGCUGAAGAAUACAACGACAUCUUUGGCAUUGAUGAAGUCACACUACACAAGGGAGAAUGGAAUGAUAAGGUGUAUGCAGUCGCUGGUGAUGUAUUAGAUGGGUACUUGUAUGAUCUGUUAAUGAAUCUGCUAGAAGAGAAAGGUGUCAGCAACGAGUUCGUUCAGAAACUGGCGGACUUUAGCACGGCGUACGAACACACUGCCUACAUCAAUCUAUUGGAGGGAAUUUCAAAAUUCACCACUGGCAAAUAAGAAGUAGCAACACAACAAAAAAUUUUAGUCGAAAUUUAUUUCUGUGAAACCCCAAGUCAUUGUUCAUAAAAAUAACUUUAUCAAGCACUAAAGCUGUGAGAGAAUGAAUAAUAUGUUUCCGUUUAUUUCGAAUAAUCAAAUACCUAUAAAUAUAAAACCUAUUAAAAGUUUGACUGCCUCAUAUAUUGUUUAAAUAUUUAUAUAUAUAUAUAUUUCAUGCCACUGGGUUUUUCAGUUUGAAUUUAUGUUUCGUUAUAAGAUGAGGCAUUUAUUUUGCUAUAGGGUAGCUUUAAAGAAUGUUUAGUUUUAAACAACAGUGUUGUUUUAAUUAGUGUUAAAUGUGUUUAGUUUUGAAUAAAUAUAUUCAAAUUU